GAGAGUUGCAAAAGAGACGGCCGUAAGUUGCCGCUGAAUGCGGAGGCGAAACAUCGGCCCUUUUCACACGCCGGGCUUCCCUCCGCUGGCGGUGGCCUCCGAGACGGUGGCGGCUUCGCUCUUGGAGCCGCGCGGGGGCGAGGAAGGCGAUCUUUCAAUGAGCCUCUUGCAGGCACUGCGACUCUGCCCGUGAAACCCACGGGCCCGUGCCGCGCACGCGCAGCCGAGGGGGAACGGGAGUGAGGGGCCGGUGCCGUAAAGCGAGGACGAUGUCGGGGAGGGAGGGCGCCGCUGCGCCGCCGGUGUUCGAGAAGCGGGUCCUGGUGACGGGCGGCGCCGGCUUCAUUGCUUCACAUGUAGUCGUCUCUCUUGUGAAAAACUAUCCAAACUAUCUGAUUAUAAAUCUGGAUAAGCUCGACUACUGUGCAAGCUUGAAGAAUCUUGAAACUGUCUCUGGGAAGGAAAACUACAAGUUUAUCCGGGGAGAUAUUUGUGAACCUGAUUUUAUAAAGCAGCUCUUUGAAACUGAGAAAAUAGAUAUAGUUCUUCAUUUUGCAGCCCAAACACAUGUAGAUCUUUCAUUUUGGCAUGCCCUGGAAUUCACCUAUGUGAAUGUUUAUGGCACCAAUGUGCUGGUUGCUGCUGCACAUGAAGCCAACGUGGAGAAGUUUGUCUAUGUUAGUACAGAUGAAGUGUAUGGAGGUAGCACUGAUGAGGAAUUCGAUGAAUCCUCACCAAAACGUCCAACAAAUCCAUAUGCCUCCUCCAAAGCAGCUGCAGAGUGUUUUGUUCAGUCUUAUUGGGAAAGGUACCAAUUUCCAGUUGUCAUCACACGGAGCAGUAAUGUUUAUGGACCGCAUCAGUAUCCAGAAAAAGUUAUUCCAAAAUUUAUAUCUUUGUUGCAACAGAACAGAAAAUGCUGUAUUCAUGGUUCUGGACUUCAGAGAAGGAAUUUCCUUUAUGCUGCUGAUGUGGUAGAAGCAUUCCUUACUGUCCUGAAAGAGGGGAAACCAGGGGAAAUUUAUAACAUUGGAACCAACUUUGAGAUGUCCAUUGCCCAGCUUGCGAAGGAGCUAAUCCAUUUAAUAAAGAAGACCAGUUCAGAGUCUGAAAUGGAGCACUGGAUGGAUUAUGUCAAAGACAGGCCUACAAAUGACCUCAGAUAUCCAAUGAGUUCAGAAAAAAUGCACAACUUAGGAUGGAGCCCUAAAGUGCCUUGGAAAGAAGGAAUAACAAAAACAAUUGAAUGGUACAGAGAAAAUUUCCACAACUGGAAAAACUCGGAGAAUGCUUUGGAGCCCUUUCCUGUGACAGACCCCUUUGCCCAGCUCAGUGGUCCAUAGUGUGGCACAGAACCUGGAGCUGUUUCUACCUCAUAUGGUCUUUUCUUCAAAGCCUGCAAUCAAAUGGCCACACCAGACUCCUCAUGUAUUCAAGAUACGUGAACCAUGAUGAGUAAAGAACCACAUUAUGGCACAACUUUGGAAAGGUUUCAGCACUUUAUAAGUUGAACUUCUUUGUUUCAGCUUUCAGUGCAAUACUCUAUUCUCCCUAGGUAUUGAUUUUAAAAAACUGUAUGGAAUGAAGAAUAUUUAUAAUGUUAUAAAUUAGUGUACUGAAGUAAAACCUGCCUUAUUAAGAAUAAUUAACUGUGAUUGCAGCUUUUGGGACUUGGAGUUACAUUUAUUUUAGUUCUGGAAUUAUUAAUCUGUAUUUGUUUGUUUUUUAUAUUGUAACUUGUCACUUCAAAGAAUUGGGUUUUAUUUUUAAUCAAGUGGAGAAAUUAUAUAUUUUUUGGAGACUAUAAAUUGAUUGACAAAAGCACCUGUAUGGUUUCAUCCAUUUCUCUGCUGGUGCACUAUUAACUUUUGUAGAUGACUGAUUAAACUUACCUACUCUAUAUCUUUAAAUGCCUCUUUUUAAGGGGAACAAGGGGGGAAAGAUGUCAAGAAGUAGCAGGUGUUCUCACUGAGAUUUCCCGAAGCAUUUCCUUAAACUUUGUCCUCUUUUUACUGUAUUACUGUCUGUUACAUGUUAAUUCCCUUAGCUGCAAUUGUAACAAACUUGAAAUACUGGAACACAGUUAACAUUCCAAUGAUCUUAUUUCCUGUGAUAUGAAGGGUUCUUAUGGAGAAAAUUUUUUAAAACUCUUCUUUUACUGUGAAUUGUGGGUUGGCAGACCUUAAUCAAUGCAGUAUUUCACUAUUUUUUCUGUAAUAAACAUUUUAAAGAUAAAACAAUGUUUGAGUUUUAAUAUAAAAUUUGUAAAAAGCUCUUUAAUUCUAGAAAUAUGUCAAUGAAUCUUGUUCAAAGUUGAUUUAGUAAUAAAUAUUACAGUGCA